AUGUCAGAUCUUAACUCAUGGGAAGAUGAUCCAGCCGCUCAAGAAGACAACAAUCUUUCGCAACAAGCCGAGCGUUUGAAUUUGAAUGCAAACCCACAAGCUAGAUCAUUUCAGCCGGGCGCAAAUUCCUUUCAGCCUGGUGCUCAAGCAUUUCAACCAGCUCAACAAUUUCAACAAUAUGCUGGAGGAUAUGAUCAAUAUGGGCAACAACCGGCUUACGGUGGUCAAUACCAGAACCAAGGAUUCGGCCAAUAUCCUCAAUAUGGUCAACAAGGCUAUAAUCAAUAUCAGCAGGGAGGAGCCUACAAUGCUGGAGGACAACAACAGCAAGGUGGAUAUAAUGCAGGAUAUGCGCAACAAUACCCCGGGUAUGCUCAACAACCAGCAGCAGCAGGUCAAUCAUCACAGCCCCCUCGGCAAACACCAGUUAUUGCAAAAAGACCAGCCGAUGGCUCUGCUGGUUCAGCGGAUCUAAACAAACCUAUAGUAGUAAAGGACGGUGCGCCAAAGGUUUUGAGCAUUGGAGGAGAUGCACCAAAGGUUCUGAGCAUUGGUGGUGAUGCGCCAAAACCAAAGGCAAAGAUUCUCUCCAUUGGUAAUCCAACUCCCGCGAAGAAGGAAGAGUCAAAGAAAGAGGCAACGCCAUCAUCCGCAGAAGCAGGCGCUAAGGUUAUCGCCGCAAAAGCUAUUGAGAAAACUGAAAAGACUCCCGCAGCCGCUAGUGGAAACGCCUCGCCUACACCAUCGUCUGGACGCUCAUCUCCUUCUCGAACUGGUACUGGUGCUGCAAAGGCAGCCGCUCGUGCCGCAGAUGCUGUAGAGCAAGAACAAGCUGCCGAUGUUGAUGACGAAACAUUAAAGGAGAUUUACGGCAAGGAACAUGUUAACAUUAUUUUCAUUGGACACGUCGAUGCCGGAAAGUCGACACUUGGUGGUUCGAUUCUUUACGCUACUGGAAUGGUUGAUGAGAGAACUAUGGAGAAAAACAAGAAAGAGGCCAAGGAAAUGGGUCGUGAGACAUGGUACUUAUCGUGGGCUCUCGAUUUGACAAAAGAGGAGAGAUCCAAGGGAAAGACUGUCGAAGUUGGACGCGGAUAUUUUGAGACUGAAAAGCGAAGAUACAGUAUCCUGGAUGCCCCUGGCCAUAAAACCUAUGUACCAAGUAUGAUUGGUGGUGCUUCACAAGCAGAUGUCGGAAUUUUAGUCAUCUCUGCUCGAAAGGGUGAAUACGAAACUGGGUUCGAAAAGGGAGGGCAAACUCGUGAGCAUGCUAUGUUGGCGAAAACCCAAGGUGUCAACAAACUUAUCGUGGUUAUCAACAAGAUGGAUGAUCCAACCGUCGAAUGGUCCCACGACAGAUAUAAGGAGUGCACAACCAAAUUAGCUCAGUUCUUGAAAGCAACUGGUUACAAUCUCAAAAACGACGUUUUCUUCAUGCCAAUCGCAGCACAACAGACCAUGGGUAUCAAGGAUCGAAUCCCCAGUGGUGUAGCUCCAUGGUACGAUGGACCAUCCCUCCUUGAAUUCCUCGACAACAUGACCCAACUCGAACGUAAAGUAAAUGCACCUUUCAUGAUGCCCAUCAACGGUAAAUACAGAGAUAUGGGUACUAUUGUCGAAGGUAAAAUCGAAUCUGGUGUGGUAAAGAAGGGAAUGAACCUCGUCAUGAUGCCCAACAAAGAAAAGACCGAAGUCAUGGUAGCAUACGGUGAAACUGAAGAGGAAAUCUCCGCCGGACAAUGUGGAGAUCAAAUCCGUCUCCGCUUGCGUGGGAUUGAAGAAGAAGAUAUUCUUCCCGGUUUCGUUCUUUGCUCGCCAAAACGUCUUGUUCACUGCGUUACCACAUUCGAGGCGCAAAUCAGAGUCUUGGAUCUAAAGAGCAUUUUAUCUGCUGGUUUCAAUUGUGUUAUGCAUGUGCAUUCUGCGAUUGAAGAAGUCACUUUCGCAGCGUUAUUGCAUAAGUUGCAAAAGGGCACCAACCGAAAGAGUAAGGUUCCUCCUACGCAUGCAAAGAAGGGUGAUAGCAUUAUUGCGAGAAUGGAGGUCAUUGGUGGUGCGGGAAGUGUUUGUGUGGAGAAGUUUGAGGAUUAUCCACAAUUGGGUAGAUUUACUCUUAGAGAUCAGGGACAAACUAUCGCGAUUGGUAAAAUCACAAAGUUGAUUUCACAGGAAGAAAUUGCAGCGGCUUAA